GAGAAAGAGAGUGAGAUGCAUUGCCUCCAAGGACGCCAUUGACGACCUUGGAGCUCUGUCGGUGAGAGUCUCGCUCCCCAAGACGCCAGCAUCUACGGAGACCCACCUUUCCUUGUCUCUUUGUCUCUCUUCAGUGCUUGAGCUUGUUGUCUUAGCUUCUCGCCCACGGUUUCAUCGUUGAAUUGGAAGAGAUGGACUGGAUCGGAUACGGAGCUAAACAGAGGUCCAAGCGUGGAGGGUCUGGGGUUGGGAGGAAGGGGAUCGUCGCUUCUGUGGACCGAGCGAGUGGAGAAGGCAAAGGGCGCAUCAGACAGAGAGAAUAUGCCUCAAACAUACCAGAUGCUUCCAACUAUGAUGAUGGCUUUCCUUUACAAGGAAAUUCUUUUGCCCAGGAGGUCAGGCAAAGUUCAUAUAGGAGAGGCGGUGGAACACCCAUAAGGACACUUAUAGAUGAAGAGAUAUCAAAAGAAUCAGAGAUUAGACGGCAUUCACCUAGUCUGGUUGCAAGACUGAUGGGCCUGGAUACAUUGCCUGCUCAUGCAGUCCAGAAGAAACACAAUGUGAUGGAUACUCGUCGUUCUCAUGAAUCAUUUAGUGGUUUUGAAGACAAGUAUGUAUCUUCCGAAGAUCAUUCAGCUCAGAAGACUUUGGAUGAACAUGAAGAUAUCAAAGAUGUUUAUGAAAUUGCUGAAACAUCAAAGUCUGAGAAGCAGAAAAAUCAAUCAAUUCGAAGGGGAAUAUCAUACUCAGGAAGAAGUGACACCAAGUAUAUGGACUCAAAGCAUCUAUCAACUGUUGAAACGCUUCAAAAGCCGCACAAGCUUGAUGACAUGCUGGAAAUAUCAGAUUUGAACAAGGACCCUUUUCUGAAAUUUCUCCAAGAACCCAAUUCCUUAUUUUCAAAACAUCUCCAAGACUUGAAGGGUGCUCCACCCCCUCACGCAAGCCACAUCACUAUCCUAAAAUCAACUCGAGCUCGAGAAGCUAAACACAGUGAGGUAUGUCCUCAAUCAGAAAGGAGUGGUAGGAGACGUGCACGUAUACAAGUAGAUGACAUUGCGUAUUUUAGGAAACCUGCCAUUAGACAUGACAGCAGUUCUCUCAACGAGCACAAGUCUGCUCUCUCACACAUGUUGUCAAAGUUAGACUAUGGGGUCGAAGCUGAUGGUUGCAGGCAUCCAACUCAGAUUGUGGUUUUAAAACCUCGUCUCAGUAAAGUUCACAAGACAGCAAGAACUGUUAAUUUAUCAAGAUAUGACGAUGAUUUUCGGUUUGAUCACAAAUGGCGUGAGGAAACACUAAUGUCUGUUAUUCGGGAAGUGCAUGCUAAAGGAAGAGCCUUGCGGAAGUCACUAGAUGAUAUGGAAUUCAUGCCUCAUAAUGUUCAAGGUUCUAGAGAUGUUGCUCGGGAAAUUAUGGAGCAAAUGAAACAGAGUAUAAAUUAUGAUACACAAAUGAAGAGGAAGAAGAAGAGAACAGGGAGAUCACGUGUUAACACCGAGGAAUUUCAAUGUACCCUGAAUGAUAAUUCAAGUUCCUCAUCUUCUUAUUCAACUAAAACAUCAACAUCUAUGAGCAGGGAGGAUAAGAAAGGUCUGUCAGAGAAAUGGAAGAUGACCAAACGGUCGCCGGAGAUGGGUCUUGUUGACAAAGACUCAGGUACUUUGGGAGAAAUGCUUGCUCUCUCUGUCAUGGAAACACCAUAUGCAUUUCUCAAUAAUAUUGCUACUACAAGGGAUGAAAGACUGGCUAAAUCUGGAGUUAUUAGCAGACAAAGUCUUUCUUAUGGUUUUCGUGGUAGUGAUGCCUGGGAAGAAAGGUGUACUCGAAAGUUGCAAAGAUCUGUCUCCGCCCCAUCUUCUUCUGGUGCCAGAUGCAGAGAUGCUGAAAAUAAAAAUAGUGAUUGUUAUAUACCUAAAGACAUGCUCAAUCUCGAGGCUGAUGACUUUAUAUUGGAACCGAUUGAUCAGAUGGGGAGCUUGUCUCGCAGAAGCUUCAGAUGCCAGAGAAAUAGAGCUGCACGGUUGGAUGUUUGUGGUGAAGAAAAUAUACUACCUGUAAGAGAGAUACAUGUGAAUCUCGAGGAGUUAAGGAAUACAGCUUCUAAGAGUCAUCAUCCCAAUAAAGGUAUGAUCUUUGAACCUUCUGAGGAUGACACAAGGCACCUAGUCCAUGAUUCCCCUGUUCCAGAAACAAGAACAUCUUCUCAUGUGGCCAAUGAGCAGUUGAGUAAACCAGACACAUAUGGUCAUCGUCAGAAUGAUUUCACGAUAAAGGAGACAUCUGGCCUUCAAGUGGACCAACCGGUUCCAUCUCACCUUCAUUCAAUUGAAUCAAGGUCCUCCUCAGGUUCCAAGGAAUCUGAGCAACCAAGUCCUGUGUCUGUUCUUGAUCCUACUUCUGAAGAAGAGAAUUCCAGCAGUGGAUGCUUCGAGAGAGUCUGCGCAGAUCUUAAAGAACUCCGAAGGCAACUUCGACGUCUUAAGUUGGAGUCCUUAGACAUAGACUCAGAGCAAUCAGAGUUGAUAGUAAGUGAUGAUGAUGAUGAUGCUGUAGGAGAAGGCCAUUUUACUACAAAUGCCGGAGAAAUUCUACAGUCAUUUAAAGAUGAAGCUGAUCGUGACUUCUCUUACCUGCUUGAUGUACUCAUUGAUUCAGGUGUUCAUGGUACAGACCUGGAUAUGUUCCCAGAUCCAUUUCGCUCAGUUGAAUAUCCAGUUCAGAUGAAUGUGUUCGAUAACCUUGAAAAGAAGUACAACUUUCUGGUGUCAUGGCCAAAAUCUGAAAGAAGGCAUCUGUUUGAUCUUAUAAACUUAGAAUUAGCAGAAAUCGGUACUGCUUACAGAAACUUGCAUCCAUGGAUGAAACAAACGAGAACGUUUAGGCCAAUAAAGUCCCGUGAUGAUCUAGUCGAGAAGGUCUGGCAAAUGGUGGUGAAAAACAGAAAGGAACUGACUGGCAACCUAGAGAGUUUCCUUGAAUUGAAAUGGCUAAAUUGGGAAGAAGAAGUUGAUAUGAUUGGAAUGGAUAUAAAGGGAAUGUUACAAGAGGACUUAUUGGAAGACCUUGUCUCUGAGUUCAUGCUGGAAUAUGAUCAAAGGCCAUUCCUAUUCACUACUGCCCUUAACUAGACCCGGCCCCUCAUAGCCUUUGAUCUGCGAGGGUGCUACAUGCUGCUAUCAGCGCUCGACAUUCACUUCUGUGGCGUUUAUUGAAGUAAUUUUAGCACAUCUUGUCCAUAAUUGGAGUUGAUGCUUUUGUUUCAUUAUGCUGUACAUUGGAGUUGGUCUGGGGAACAUCUAUGGAAACCUGUAAUUUGCAAUA